GGACUGUUUGUUCUGGAUUUGGGGCGAGGAAGGUCUGUGAACGCUGACAACCGACUGAAGAAGGUGUGACACUCGACUCUCUGUGUGUUGUGGUUUUUAUGCUGCCGCAGCGUGUCACUAACAAACAUCCCACAUCACCCUGGGAAGUUGCCACCUCCCCAACUGAGAUAUGAUCACACAACUGCUUUAGACCACAGCUGCACAGCUACAAACAUAGAGUCACGUGAGGAGUGGAAUGGCCUGAAGGGGUUCCCCCCGGUCCCACCUGCCCCUGCCAGGUCCAAUCUGCCUAAAGUGUCUGCUCAGCCACUGCAGCCCACCUCUGCGAUGGGGGACGGACUGGAGGCAGGCAGCAGCCAGAACCCUACCUCCGCCCCACCGCCUAUCCCCUUCAACCCUCCACCCCCCGAAACAUGGAACCCCUCCAGACCCAAACGACAGACCAACCAGCUGCAGUACUUGCAAAAAGUGGUAUUGAAGACAUUAUGGAAACACAAUUUUGCCUGGCCCUUCCAGGCUCCUGUAGAUGCCAUCAAACUCAAUUUGCCUGACUAUUAUAAGAUCAUAAAGAAUCCUAUGGACAUGGGCACGAUUAAAAAACGCCUGGAGAACAACUACUACUGGAAUGCCCAGGAGUGUAUCCAAGACUUUAACACCAUGUUCACAAACUGCUACAUCUACAACAAGCCCGGGGAUGAUAUUGUCCUAAUGGCAGAAGCCUUGGAAAAGCUCUUUCUCCAGAAGAUUACAGAGAUGCCGCAGGAGGAGACUGAGAUUGCUGUGGUUACAAAGGGACGCAGAGGAGGCAGGCAGGACACAGGUCUGAUUUCAAAAUCAGAUUCAGGACAUGACUCAUCAUCCCCCUCUACCACCCCGCAUACACGAGGCUUUUCGUCCCCUUCAACCACUCCACAUACCCGUGCUGCACCCGCCCCCCAAGGUUCUCCUGCCUUACCCCUGAGGUUGGACCAGGUGCUGGUCCAGCCUCUGGUCCAGCCUCUGGUCCAGCCUCUGGUCCAACCUCUGGUCCAGCCUCUGGUCCAGCCCCUGGUCCAGCCCCUGGCUCAGCCCUUGGCCCAGCCUCUGGUCCAGACUCUGGCCCAGAGUCUAGCCCAACCUCACCUUCCCCGUGUGCCUCCAACAACCACAAAUCAUGCGCCCCAUCUGGGGCCUCCAUUCUCCCUCACCACUUCAGACGUCCUGGCCCAGGGAAUGACUUCAGUUCCACCUCCGACUGUGACUCACCCAGGCCUCCAUCCUACUGCCCCCAUACUGCAAAGUUCGCCUGCUCUCAUCAAGCAGAAGAAGAGCCAGAAGAGGAAAGCUGAUACCACGACACCCACCGCCAACGAUCAGCUCAGUGAAUCGUCUCCCAUUUCUGCCGAGACCCGGCCGCGCAGAGACAGCAGCCGCCCAUCAAAGCAGCCCAAAAGAGAAGCAUCACAGCCAGACUCUCAGCAUCAACUUGGAGGAGUCUUGGAGAUGGGAGGGUCAGGAACACCGAAGCGCCAGGAGCAGUUACGUUGGUGUGCACGCCUCGUCAGAGAGAUGCUGUCUAAGAAACACGUGGCAUAUGCCUGGCCUUUUUACAAACCUGUUGAUGCAAAAGCUCUCGGUCUCCACGACUACCAUGAAAUCAUCAAGCACCCCAUGGAUCUCAGCACCAUCAAGAAAAAGCUGGACAACAGACAGUACAGAGAUGCUCAAGAAUUUGCAGCAGACGUCAGGUUGAUGUUCUCGAACUGUUACAAAUACAACCCUCCAGACCACGAUGUGGUUGCCAUGGCACGCAAAUUACAGGACGUGUUUGAGAUGCGUUUCGCCAAAAUGCCCGAUGACCCAGAGGAGCCAGUCCCUGUUCCCACCCCGUCAUCAGCUCUCCACCCUGCCCCCUCCACUCGACAAGUCCCACCUCCUUCUGCCGCCUCGGAAGAUGAGAGCUCGAGCUCCUCAGAAUCAGAGUCUUCAGGAGGAGACUCGGAACAAGAAAGGAAACAGCGAUUAGCUGAGUUACAGGAACAGCUUAAAGCUGUCCAUGAGCAGCUGGCAGCGCUCUCCCAGCCACAGGUCAGCAAGCCCAAGAAGAAAGAGAGGGAGAAGAAGGAAAAGAAGAAAGAAAAGCACAAGAAAAAAGUGGGAGCAGAGGAACCUUUGGAGACUCUCCCGCUUGCAAUGCUUCAGGCAUCUAAGAAAAGCAAAAGUAGUAAAGAACCUAUCAGUGCAAAGAAAGACAGGAAAAAGCCCAGUAAAAAAGAAGGAGUUAAAAAUCCCCGGCCUGCUGUGCCCCCUCAGCCUGGGCCGACCCCUCUCGUCCCUUCGGCUUCUCUUGAAGAUGUUGACAUCGACAUGUCUGCUGACAGGUGCAAGCCAAUGUCGUAUGAGGAGAAGCGCCAGCUGAGCCUGGAUAUCAAUAAGUUGCCCGGAGACAAGCUGGGCCGUGUCGUGCACAUAAUCCAAACCCGUGAGCCGUCGCUGAAAAACUCCAAUCCGGAUGAGAUUGAGAUUGACUUUGAGACGCUGAAGCCCUCCACGCUGAGAGAGCUAGAGAAGUAUGUCUCAAGCUGCCUCAGGAAGAAGAAAAAACCAUCAGCAGAGAAGCCUCUGGAAAUGCCAAAUGUGACAAAGAUGAAGACGGGAUCCUCAUCUUCAGGCAGCAGUGACUCCUCAGAUAGUGAAGACUCUGACAGUGGGCUGGUUCCCAAGCAACCGAAGAAGACUUCAACUAACAAGGACAGCAAGAGACCGCAGCACCAGUUCAUCGGUAGUGGAGUGGGCCCAGUCACUUCUCAGCCACAGCAGCCUCAGCUUCAGCCUCAGUCACAGCUUCAGACACAGCUUCAGUCUCAGCUUCAGCUUCAGCUUCAGCCUCAGCUUCAACCUCAGACACAGCCUCAGGUGGUCCAGUCCAAACCACCAUAUAUCCCGGCUCCAGCUAUUUCCCUCCCUGUCCCUGUCCCCUCUCUGGAUUCCUCCCAGCUAUUGGCCUCAGGAUUUGACCCUCUGGCCCACUUCAUGAAUUCUCACCUGACGCAGUCCAACACAGAGCCUAAUGCAACCAUUACUACUGCCAGUGCUCCUGUUGCCUCUGGCCUCCUCAAUACCAACGCGCCCACCAACCAGACGCCUUCUGAGACGCACCCUUUCCUAAACCAACAUCCCAUCAUCCCUUCUCCAGCAAUCCAUAAUGCUCUUCCCCAGCAACCAUCAAGACCUAGCAACCGUGCAGCGCCACUUCCACCCAAACCUGCACAGCCUCCUCCAUCCUCCCUCCCUUCAAUGCCUCCAGCUUCCUCACCUCAGCUUCAGCCCUCGCUUCCUCUCACCCUCCCCCCACAGCCUGUCCCCCGCCCUCGCGUCCCGUCACCGCCAUCCCACGGCAUCCUGGGCACCCUCUCGGCGCAGCCUCCCCAAGCCCUGCUGGAGGACGACGAGGAGCCAACGCCCACCAGCUCUGAGACCCCACCGCUCAGCCAGGUCCACAGCCUCCUGCAGUCACUUCAGCCCAGAGCCCCCACGCAAACGCUGCACACGCAUUCUCCCGUGCAGCUGGGGCCGCCACUGCAUGCGCAGGUCAUGACAACAGCCGCCCCCGUUCUGACGCAGAGACACGGCUCAGGCCAAGCGCACAUGCAGCAGUCGUUCCCGCAUACGCACACGUCAACACCGCAGCAGCAGCAGAAGGGCGGGGUGCUGCAGCAGAAGGUACAGCAGCUGCAACAGCACCAACAGCAGCCAUCGCCACAAAGCAAAGUGGAGCCUUUCACAACAGGUUGCCCCUCUCCGCUGAUGAUGCACUCUCCUCCGAUGCCUGCGUUCCAUUCAAUGGGACAACAGUCGCCUCCACAGACCAAGAAGCAUGAGCAGAGGUCAAACAUGGGGAUCAAAGAAGAGAAGCUUUCCCAGUCACCAGUGCUGCCACCCUCGCCCUUCAGCCCAGGCGUUCGUCAGGAUGCACACAAACCUGACAACAAACACAGGUUAGAUAUAAAGCCGAUGGAUGGCUCUCGUCCCAUUUCGCAUUUGGCAGACUCGCCUGCACCACCCUGCUCCCAGCAGGACAACAAAAUCAAGCAAGAACCCAAAACUCCCAUCGCUCCCAAGAAGGCACAGGAGGUCAAGAUAAAGAACAUGGGUUCUUGGGCCAGCCUGGCUCAAAAGUCCCAGUCCACACCGGCGUUCUCGGUGCGCUCUUCAAGCGACAGCUUUGAAAGAUACAAGCAGGUCGCGAGAGAGAAGGAGGAGAGAGAGAGACAGCUGAAAGCACAGGCUGAACAGGCCAGGAGGGAGCAAGAGAAGCUACGCCGUGACGACAAGGACACGGCGGAGCCGUUUCGCCGAGUGCCAGAUGACGACCGCCGUCGCCCAAAUCAGCAGUCGCCGCACGCUCCAGUUCCUCCAGCUUCGACUCCUCCCACUCACUCUCCGCAGGCCCCACCUACACAAUCACAAGCCCCCCCACCCACCUCCGCUUCACAGAACACGCUCAACCAGGACAGGGCGACGGCACGGCGUGAGGCACAGGAGAGGCGCAGGAGAGAGGCGAUGGCAGACACCAUUGACAUCAAUUUCCAGAGUGACCUGAUGGCAAUUUUUGAAGAGAAUCUGUUCUGAGAGGAAGGCACGAGAGCAGGACCCCGUAGACUCACAAGAAGCAGAUUUGCAGAUCGCUUCCAAACACCCGUGCUGUGACACACACGGUCGCUGCUUACACAAAUGCACACAUCUGCAUACACAGACUCAGUACUAACUGUCCCUUUCUCUCAGCAGUUGAAACAGCUGGUUUGUGUCGUGAAUGAGAGAUGAGGGGAAGUGAAAUUAAAAUAACAAGCCCCCCUUU